AGUGGUGAUACCCAAGCAAAAUAUUAUUGUUGUACUUAGGUAUUUAUUUCCAAGGUUGUUUUCUCCGGCCGUUGCUUUGCACGGAGCGGACCCCACACACGGAAGCGGAUAUCAACGGAUAUCAACGGCUAUCAAUCUGCCAUCUGUGAUAUUAUCAACUUUGUAUCACUUAUCCGCUUCUCAUAUGCAGAUUACUGAUUAUGGAAGCCCCUACUCCAACCAAGACCAGGCAGCGAGCAUACAAAGCGUGCGUCCCAUGUCGCCAACGGAAAGCAAAAUGCGACCUGGGUAGCGGAGCCGACGGCAAACCGUCUGGGCCGCCUUGUGCAAAGUGCCGCAGAGAGCAGAGGCAAUGCGUAUUCCCUAAGAAGAGAGCCUGGGAGAGACGGAGGACGUCUCAAACGGAUCAGCUGCUUCCCGCACAUGAAGGGACCUCCAGGAGUCCGGGUUUGGGGAGGAACAGUAUUGCAGCAUCGGAAUUCUCAUCACCAUCCGCUAAUCCUCGACUUAAUAGCCGCAACGAUACUGAGGAGCAGUGGUCCCCCGACGAGGCUAGAAGCGGCCGUGCGCAACCAGCCCAUCAUCACGAGAAUUAUCAAGCAGAGAGCCGAUCAGUCUCGAUGACUUUGGACAGCUCGAUGGUGCGUACCGUUGUUUCCAGUGGUAAUGAUGCGCUCAACAUUCUCUUCGAGGCAGCUACUGCUCACGAAAAUGGGACAAACCCAGCCGGCGAUGUUGACAAUGUUCCCCGCCGGGAACAGAAUGGGCGCACGACUGCCCAUGAAGGGACUCAACCUCGUCUCUCGAUGGCCAUGACUAAUGAACCAGAGAGACUUUCAAAUGCGGGGAAGGAGGUCCUUCGGAUUUGGGAGGCAUGUCGGUUCGUAAGAAUGGGAUGGUUCACUGCUAGAGAAGCUGUCACAUAUAUUGACCUAUUCUUCAAAAACAUGUCACCAUUGUCCCCUAUCCUGUGUGGUUUCUACAGUGAUCACAAUAAUCACCAGCUGCUUCUCAAAGAUGAGCCCAUACUCUGUUGCACUAUCUUAAUGAUAUCCUCACGAUAUCACGUUCUACCAGGCAGCGGCGGAGCUUCAAGGAGUUUCUUCAUCCAUCACCGUCUAUGGCAGCAUUGCGAACAGCUGAUUAUGAGGUUAAUAUUGGGGCAGGAAAAGUCAUCAAAACGGAACACGCGGACUGUUGGCACUAUAGAGGCGCUUCUGCUGAUGUCAGAGUGGCAUCCUCGCUCUCUCCAUUUCCCACCCGACAGUGAUGGGUGGGAUUCUGACUUAGUCCUUACGCUUGAGGAGCCAUCUUAUAGCAUGUCAAGAGAUCAGAUUUCAUCCUCAAGCAGAUGGAUUGAAGACGUCAUAGCGCCUGCGACAAGGUCUGACAGGAUGUCUUGGAUGUUACUUGGCUGUGCAUUGUCACUUGCCUAUGAACUUGGAAUCUUCGAGUCAGACGCUGAAAAGUCGGCGAGCGCUACGAAUAAUGACGGUAUGCCAGGCUCAUCUGGGCAAUAUGGCUAUCGACAGAAACGCGUUCAGCGCUUGCUCUACAUCUAUAUUAAUCAACAUGCUUCUCGAAUAGGUUGCAGAUCUCUAAUGCCUCAAAGCUUGAACCGUACUGUUAUCAGCCGUCUCUGGAUGCGGGCACCCGAUGAGUCGGCUGAUGAGUGGUCGGCAUUCAUGGUAUCAUGGAUGGAUCUAACAAAACUUAUGGGGUCUAUCAACGACAUGUUCUUCCCGUCUACGUCGUUAGCCACUAAUCAGCUACAGAGUGGACGGUAUAUAGGUCUGUUAGACCACUUUCGUCAGUUACUCCAGCGGUGGCGUGAAACCCAUCUUAGUCCAAGAGAUCUAGGAAAACGUUCUUUUGAUUUAUUAUUCAUCGAAUACCAUUUCGUCCGGGUGUAUAUGAAUUCUAUUGGAAUGCAGGCGGUAGUGGAACGUCUUCUGGUAGACGGAUAUGGGUCGACUGGUCAUCUCAUGGCGAAUAUUCGCGCGAUGAGUAUAGACCCGGUUGACUACGAAUUCAUCCAGGAAGUAAUCGACGGAUGCUGUUCCAUACUUCAGAAAGUAACAGAACUCGCAAAUGACAAGGCUCUCCAGUUCGCCCCCGUCAGGAUAUUUCUUCGUGUAACAAGCUCGUCUAUCUUUCUGCUUAAAGCUCUCAGCUUAGGAGUACGCAACGCGAAACUCCAAGAAUCUCUCGACAUCCUUGACGAAAGCAUCCGGGCGCUGAGACUGAAUACACUGGACGACAUACACUUGGCAGCGCGUUAUGCAACACUUCUUGAGGUGCAUGUUUCGCGGCUGCGACGCCAUUUCGCCGCAUCAUCUAAGACGACUGGGACAAGCUGCGACAUUACGAGGCCAUCAUCUUCGCUGCCUCAAGAACAGGCAUUAAGUACAGAAGCAUCCAAUGACCCCAUGGAAGAGGAGACGUUCGAUGCGGACUUUGUCCCCUCGUUGACCGAUAUGCCGCCGGAUGACUGGCUCUUCCUCCCUUUCGAUCCCUCUAUGGCACCAUUCGGUACGGCAGGCGGUCAGUCUUUAGGAAUGGAAGACGGUGCGCUCGACUUCAUUUGGAAUCUACCACAGUGAAUUCUAUCUCUUUCUUUCCUUUUUUUUUUUU